CUGGACCCAGUCCUGGUGUCUUCUGUCUGCUGUCCCCACUGCCUGCCCUGCCCCCAUCUCCUGCAAGGCCACCUUCCAGCCCUGGCUCACUUUUAUUCUUUUCAGAGGCUGUCCUCCACCUGGGCACAGUCAGCCCCAUCUGGUCUGGGGGUUCAGCCUAGCAUUCAGACCAUGGCAGGUGGGGACUUGGUUAACCCCUGAGACCCAGCGUAGAGCAGGCUCUUAGCAUUUUUGUUGUUAAUGCCUCAUUUCUCAUCAAGCACCUGCUGAAGUGUCACCCCACAUUCAGGUCCGGCCCCCUACAAGUUCCACUGUGUACCUUCUUACGUCCACCCCAUGGUGCCAGCAGCCAGGCCUGGCAACAGAUGGGGUGUGAGGAGGGACGCUGGGUGCCCACUGCCCACACCUGGUGGCCCUGGCACACACCAAGGCCGUGACUGGGACUUGUCCGGGGCCUCCUGCAGUGACUUCGAGCAACUUCCAGAUGAUGUCGCUGUCUCUGCCAACAUCGCUGACAUCGAGGGGAAGAGAGGCUUCACCAGCCACUUUGUUUUCGUCAUUGAGGUGAAGACCAAAGGGGGCUGCAAGUACCUCAUCUACCGCCGCUACCGCCAGUUCCACGCCCUGCAGAGCAAGCUGGAGGAGCGCUUCGGCCCCGACAGCAGGAACAGCUCUCUCACCUGCAGCCUGCCCAUGCUCCCAGCCAAAGUCUACGUGGGUGUGAAGCAGGAGAUUGCCGAGGCACGCAUCCCCGCUCUCAACGCUUACAUGAAGAACCUCCUCAGCCUGCCCGUGUGGGUGCUGAUGGACCCCGACAUCCGGAUCUUCUUUUAUCAAUCAGCCUAUGACUCAGAGCAGGUGCCUCAGGCGCUCCGCCGGCUCCGCCCACGCACCCGGAAAGUCAAGAAUGUGUCUCCACAAAGUGCCAGCUUCAACCGCACAGAAGCCCCCCGAGCAGAGGCUCUGUUUGACUUCACUGGGAACAGCAAACUGGAGUUGACAUUCAAAACCGGAGAUGUGAUCUUCCUCCUCAGUCGGAUCAACAAAGACUGGCUGGAGGGCACCGUCCGGGGAGUCACGGGCAUCUUCCCCUUCUCCUUUGUGAAGAUCAUCAAGGACUUCCCUGAGGAGGACGACCCUACCAACUGGCUUCGCUGCUACUACUACGAAGACACAGUCAGCACCAUCAUCAAGGACAUUGCAGUGGAAGAAGACCUCAACAGCACCCCGCUGUUCAAGGACCUGCUGGAGCUUAUGAGGCGGGAGUUCCAGAGGGAGGACAUCGCUCUGAACUACCGGGAUGCUGAGGGGGACCUGGUGCGGCUGCUGUCGGACGAGGACGUGGGGCUCAUGGUGAGGCGGGCCAGAGCUCUCCCUUCCCAGAAGCGCCUCUUUCCCUGGAAGCUUCACAUUACUCAGAAGGACAACUAUGGAGUCUACAACACCAUGCCCUGAGUGGUCAGUGCCCAGGUGCCCGGCAAAGUAGCUCCUGGUCCUUGGUCGGGGAUGAGGGCUGGGGUAAGCAUGGAAGAUGGACAGAUGUCCUGGCACAGGGCUGAUAAACCCCUUGGGUUUGGGCUCAGGCUCAGCUCCCUCACUGAUCUCUGCAUUAAAUAAACCAUUUCCUCACUAAGGGAGUCAAGUGCCACUAACAGACACUAGCAGGGCCCCUUGUGCCUAGCAGGUGGCUGGAGUGUGGGUCUCUAAAGCAGUCACCCACUUCCUGGCCCUGUCACGAGUUUAGAGAAGCCUGGUGACAUCCUUAUCC